AUGACAGUAGAUCACCGGCAAUUACAAACAGUACCGCUAAAUGUUUGCAUCGAUUUAAAACAAAAUCUAAGAAUAAGUGAUCAGUCGGUUUCGUUAUCCCGCACUGGCUUCACAAGCAAAUCAGAGGAAAACUGUGCUAUGGAAAGUUCUCAAUCGGUUUCGCUACCGUCAACAUCAACGCAUCCAGAUUCGGCAUGGCAACGUAAACUGAAUGCUUAUGUGGCAUCUUCACAUCAAGAAAUACUGAAUGAUGAUGACUUUAAUCAGAAUUUGAAACGAGCUCUGGAAGCUAUCGAAGCUGGCAUACAACCAAUACGAAUUGCAGCUGGAAGUUCCGGAUCAUAUUUUGUACGUGAUAUCAAUUAUCAAAACAUAGCAGUAUUUAAACCGAAAGACGAGGAACCAUUUGCACCACAAAAUCCUAAAUGGCCGAAGUAUUUUCAGCGUAUGCUUUGUUUUUGCUGUUUUGGAAGAGCAUGUCUUAUACCAAACAAUGGUUAUAUAUCAGAAACUGCUGCUUCUCUUGUUGAUGAGAAAUUCCAACUUCAUAUAGUACCGAAAACACGAGUUGUAAAACUUGCUUCACCUGCAUUCUAUUACAAAAAUGGAUCAAGCGCUAAAAGCAAAGGACCAAAGGGAAAAGAUGGCAGUUAUCAACUAUUCCUGAAUGGAUAUGUAAAUGCCUCCAAUAUUAUACCGCGGUGGAACAAGGGCGGUGGAUUAUGUCCAUUGACAGCGGCGGAAGUUGAACGAUUCAAAUAUCUAUUUCAGAAACUGUGCAUUCUUGAUUAUGUUAUUCGCAAUACAGAUCGCCAUAUGGAGAACUGGCUCAUUAAAUAUGAACCAGGAAAAGUAUUGGAACUUGCUGCUAUCGAUAAUGGAUUGGCAUUUCCAGUGAAACAUCCCGAGACAUCCAGUCGUUUACGACAAUUUCCAUUUGCUUGGGCACAAUUGUCUUGGGCUAAUCAUCCGUGGAAUGAAGAAUUACGAACAUUUCUACUCCAAUUGCUAACACCACAAUUCGUGCAAAGCUUAUGCGAUGAUAUUACUACCUUAUUCAAGUAUGACCGUGAUGUGAAUCGCUUUUUAAAGUACAGCCAGUUGCGGGUAUUAAGAGGCCAGAUUUGGAAUUUACGAUUAGCUUUAAUGAUGAAGGAGUCACCAGCAGAGAUGGUGAAACGACCACUAGUUCUUGUUUCACGGCGUUUUCGUCGCCACCCACCUAAUGAUGAUUGGAAUCGAGCAUUUCGAGUGAAACCAGUUGAAUUUGGUAACCGAAGGUGUUGCUAA